UCCGCCCUCGGCUGCCAUCUCUGAAGUGAAGCGACGCCGCCGCUCUCGCGUAGAGUCCUCGCCUUUUUUAUACACAAUUAAGUAAAUAAACUAGCUUCUUUGUCUUAAUUAGGACCAUUACCUGAAGGCAACGAGUGAAACAGCAGUCCCUGUUUAUCGUGCGGCCUGUAACGGUGGUUUGGCCACGAGGCGCGUCGGUACAGUUGGAUCAGGGCGAUGGCGGAGUUCGGUAACGGACUGGCGGAGGAGUCUCUACUAGAUUCAGACCCCGGACAUCCCGAGCUGGAAGACCCGGGUGUCGGCGACGAAGAACCGGGGUUAGAAGAGGGAGAGGCCGCGAUUGAAGACCCGGAGCUGGAGGCAAUCAAAGCCCGGGUGAGAGAGAUGGAGGAAGAGGCAGAGAAGCUGAAGGAGCUACAGAACGAGGUGGAGAAACAGAUGAAUCUCAGCCCCCCACCAGUCGGUCCUGUCAUCAUGUCCAUCGAGGAGAAGAUGGAAGCAGAUGGCAGAUCUAUUUAUGUCGGAAAUGUGGACUACGGUGCCACGGCAGAAGAGCUUGAGGCUCACUUUCAUGGCUGCGGUUCAGUAAACAGAGUCACCAUCCUAUGUGACAAAUACACAGGGCAUCCCAAGGGGUUUGCCUAUAUUGAGUUUGCAGACAAAGAGUCUGUUAGGACAGCCAUGGCUUUGGACGAGUCCCUUUUCAGAGGAAGGCAGAUAAAGGUGGGCGCUAAGAGAACAAACAGACCAGGCAUCAGCACCACAGACCGCGGCUUUCCACGGGCUCGAUUCCGAUCACGGGGAGGAAGCUUCUCGUCACGUGCACGCUACUACAGUGGCUACACACCACCCAGAGGCAGAGGACGGGCCUUCAGGUUUCAGGACCAGUGGAGGCUGACGACCCCUCCCCAGGUGGCGCAGGCCCCCCCCACUGUCUCUGCAGCGUCUCUCUCUCUCUCUGCUCCCGCUAUGCACACUCACCCCAUCCUGUCCGUGUGGGGGGGCGGGGGAGGGGGGCAGGGCGACCACAGGCCCGCCGCGGGGGGCAUUUACUACAACAGCAAACGCUGAUGAUGCUUUUAGUCCUUUUCACACUUCAACUCGCGCACACAAACACACACAUUGAUGACACACACAUACACACACACACACACCUGUUCAACAUACACCACAGCACACUGCAGUACAGAUGGCACUUAACAGGCCGUCAACCCAACACAUGAUUUAUAUACAGAGAGCUGAAGCCAACAUAGCUGAGUGGCAGGCAGGCAAGUUUGCGUGAGAGUGAGGAAGGCAGGACCAGAGACAAGGGUGUUUUUUGGGGUGUACAGUGCGGACCUUAAGGCGCCCCCUUUCUCUGACUACGCGCAGUGCAGUCACGGCUUGUCUGAGGAAGGCUGAUGAGCUAACGGCAUUGAUUAUUAAUUUAAUGAAUGGAGUGGGCCGGAGCUGUUACUUUAGGGCGGGGAAAGACAGGGGUGGGGUUUGUGUGGAGACUUUUUUUUUUUCUUUUUGAAAA